UUCUGGCCGCCUUCCUCGCGUUCCAGGGCGUGCGUGAGCGGACGCGUCGUGCAUAAAAGGCGCUCGGUGGUGCUAGGGCACGCGGCGGCUGGAAAGAGCGGACCUUUCCCUCCGGUCCCGAGAGGGUCUCGGCAAGAGGCGUUUACAAGGCUUCUCCAACAGCCUGGCCAGCGCCUUUUUCCCGAACCGCAGUUUAGUCUGCGCGCCUUUUCUGAAUUAGAUUGGAUAGCGGUUUCCGCCAGCCCAAGCGACCGGCAUGGAGAAGCCAGCCGACAGCCGGAAUGGCUUUCUGGAGCCGACGGUGCUAACCGGUUUCGAGGCUGGAGAGGAAGGAGUGAAGCAGCCUCGGCUGAAGCUCUUCCAGUUGCGGAGCUUCGGGCGGUUCCUGAGGAAAAACUGCCUCGUGAUCUUGACCGUAACCGGCGUGCUGGUUGGGGUGGCCAUGGGCGCCCUGAUGAGGCAAAUGCCGCUCACCCGGGCUCAAAUCACCUACUUGGCUUUUCCGGGAGAGAUGCUGCUCCGUAUGCUAAAGAUGAUCAUCCUGCCCUUGGUGAUAUGCAGUCUGGUCUCCGGUGCAGCCAGCCUGGACACGCGGUCCCUGGGCAAGCUGGGAGGCAUCGCCAUCGCCUACUUCUUGGUUACAACCUUGAUCGCCUCGGCGCUCGCCGUUGCCUUGGCUUUCAUCAUCAAACCCGGGGUGGGCGCCGGGGAGCUCAAUAGCAAAAACUUGGGCUUGGAUGGCGCCAUGCCCACCAGUAAGGAGACCGUGGACUCUUUCCUGGACCUAGCAAGAAAUUUGUUCCCAUCAAAUCUCAUUGCUGCGGCCUUUCGAUCGUAUGCUACUGAUUAUAAAGCCAUAGUUAGAAAUGCAACCAUUGACAAUGUUACCAUUGAAAAGUACAUUGUUGAUUAUAAAGAAAUAAUAAAUGCCUCCCUUGGGAAUGCCACUAUUGAAAAGUUCCCUGUUGGCACUGAAAUUGAAGGAAUGAAUAUUCUGGGGCUUGUGCUGUUUGCUCUGGUUUUGGGAGUAGCUUUGAAAAAACUUGGACCUGAAGGAGAAGAACUCAUUCGUUUCUUUAAUUCUUUCAACGAGGCAACCAUGGUCUUAGUAUCUUGGAUUAUGUGGUAUGUACCACUUGGCAUUACAUUUCUAGUUGGAAGCAAGAUUGUGGAAAUGGAUAAUAUUAUCCUGCUGGUGACAAGCCUUGGAAAAUACAUCUUUGCAUCAAUUCUUGGCCAUAUUAUUCAUGGAGGGAUUAUUUUACCACUUAUUUAUUUUGCAGUUACACGCAAAAACCCUUUCACUUUUCUGUUAGGACUUAUAACUCCUUUCACCACAGCAUUUGCUACUUGUUCCAGCUCUGCAACUCUUCCAUCAAUGAUCAAAUGCAUUGAAGAUAACAACAAAGUAGACAAAAGGAUUAGUAGAUUUAUUCUGCCUAUUGGGGCUACUGUGAAUAUGGACGGAGCUGCUAUUUUCCAGUGUGUAGCUGCUGUCUUUAUUGCUCAACUGAACAACGUCGACCUCAAUAUUGGACAGAUCUUUACCAUUCUGGUUACUGCCACUGCUUCCAGUGUGGGAGCUGCUGGAAUUCCAGCUGGAGGAGUUUUAACCAUAGCUAUUAUCUUGGAGGCUAUUGGACUUCCCACAAAUGACAUCUCUCUCAUAUUGGCUGUGGACUGGAUUGUGGACCGGACCACAACAGUUGUUAAUGUUGAAGGUGACGCCUUUGGAGCAGGUAUUCUUGAUUAUCUGAAUCCAAAAGAAACGAAGGAGAAAGACACAGAACUUAGCGAUGUCCAGGUGGAAGCCAUUCCAAACACCAAGGCUGAUGGGGAAACAUCACCUCUGGUAACACACAAGGUUCAAGCUGUCACCCCUCCACCAUCUAGCUCUCAAGAUCCAACAUCUAAUGAUUCAGUCCUAUGAAUAGGACUGAAAAGAGUGGAGGCCACUUUAUGGGCACUGUAAUUUAGAAAGUACUUGUUGAAUAGAGUCUGAAUGGCCCCUGAGUUUAAGCAGGCAUGUCCUCUUCCAUUCUGAUGGCACAGAACACAGUGGUAACAGCCACAGACUACAAAAUAUGUGCAAGCUUCUAUAUGUGUGUUUGUGUGUGAGAGAGAAGAGAAUGAAAACUUUAGUUGGUACAAAAAGUGCUGCUGCAUCCUUAUGUGUAUAUGAGUAACAUAUGCAAGACAAAUGUAGUAAGUGAAUGACAGCUAUCCUAGACAAUUUCUUCUUGCUAUGAAAUAAAAAUUAAAGCCCACUUUAUAAGAUAGACUGUGAAAUUUCAGAGAUUUUGGGAAUGUCUUAUUAACUGAAGUUAUACAGGAAUGAAAUGGAGUUUCUUGCAAUUUUACUGCAUCGAGCCUGCAUGACUGUUUGAAAGAUAUUCUUAAGGGAUCAGUUUAUUUUGAUUGAUAUAGUUUGUGGGACCUAACUCUUUAUUCUAGUUUGAUAAGUCAGAGAAGCAAACCCUUUUGAAGGAGAAUAGAAUUAAACUAAUACGUUAUCAGAUAUAUACAGUAUAUACAGUAGCUAAGGGCCACCAGUCCAGAUUAGCCUGAAAAGGACCAUUAUAAUUUAUUGCUCUCUUCCUGAACCUUCCUGCAUGUCAAACCUUACUGGACCAAAAAAGAAAGCAAGAAGCUGAACCGUUGCCUUUCUCUUCAAAAGUUGGGUUGCAACUUUCAUAAUUGUUUGUUACACAUGAAGUUUAAAUUGCUUUUGAGACACGCUCAGCAUUUAUAUUAAUGCUUGAUUGUUGUUCCUGGAAAGAAAUAUCAAUGAAUGGCCAGGAUGAAUAUGUACUACUAUUACUACAAAGCAGGAAUUGAUUUCUAUUUUCCUAGCUUGAUGUUAUGUCUACAGGUGGUGCUGCGAGAGAUUAUCUUUGUUCUGGAUCAGCAUAUUGUAUGGCUUAUGGCUUUUAAUGUUUUCUGCUUAGAACUGUCCCAAAUUGGGUCUCUUCAUUGGCAAUGGAAGGCUGGCUAGAAUUUUCAGAUUUGUAGGCCCAAUACACCUAGUGGACAUUGUAGCUAGAAUGAUCCUUUUGAGCAUUUAUAACUGGACCUAAGAUAAAUUGUUUAUCAAAAGGACAAGCUGCAUCUGAUAUGUAUUACCCCAAAACCAGUAGGUAUAUGAAUUGUGUUUCUAUCAAUUCAUGAACAGAUUAAUUCUAUGCUUAUUUAGUGCCUGGUGACAUAAUGACCAAUAUUUUUUUCUUUAUGCAUAACAAAUAAAAUCAUAUUGCAAAUGUGGGUAGAAUAUAUAUAUAUAAAACAUCCAGUGUUAAGCUUCAAAUAGUUUACAUAAAAGUACAUUUAAAUGGGUGCUUAAAUGUAGCCUGGUAACAAUCAUGAAGCUUCAUUUGUUGCUUUUCCCUCACUCCACCAUUACUUUCAAGAGGAUAUGUGUUGACAACUAAUCACACAAUUCUGGUCUUUAAUCUUCUUGCAUAAGAGAUACUAUUCAGACAUUUUUCUGGCAGUCAGAAAUUAUUUAAAGUUGUUUGGAAUAUUACCUGUCUUUGUCCCAGUAUGAAAAUAUUUUUCAAAAGGAUAUAAUAUGUUAUAAUUUCCCACCUGCAAAAAUAACCUUAAAGCCCUGGGCAGGAAAAGACAACUCACCUGGUGCCUCCCAGAUGGGCCACAACUCCAGUUCCCAGAAUUCUUAGCAUGUUAUGUCAUUUGUCCUAAUUUGCCAUUUUCAAUCUGAUGAACUCCAAAUUCAGAAUAUACAGUAAAGUAAAUGGAAUUAAUCCAAAUCAAAAAAGGAGGAGUAAUAGUCAGAUUUUAAUCAUAAACACCUUUGGUUGAAGGGCAAGGGAUUGUUUUGAUAAAUAUUUACCUUUCCAGAAACAACAACUGUUGUCCUUAUAAAUUAUAAAGCAACUUUAUGUAACUAUAAAGGAAGCCUUUUGAAUGGGUUAUAUGUUUAUCCCACUGAACCCAUUCUUUCAAUGUGAGCACAUAAUAAAUAUAGUAGUAUCUUUUUCUCUUCCUGUAUUAACCAGACAAACACAUUAUGAAGUAUUCUUACCAAUUGAUGUAGCAAAUGCUGACACAGGAAUCUCUAUUCUUUGGGCAGGCCAGUCAGUUAAACCUGACCUGUUUGUAUUGCUGCCAGUCAGAAUGGCAGAUCCUCUUGCAACAGAGUCAUAAUCUAGAUAAUCCUAUUACUUUUCAGUUAGAUAAUCAUUAAGUCAUAAGAUUGCAUCUAUCCUUUGUUUCAGUUGCUGAGCGUACAUUUUCAGGAAACAGGCAUUCUUACAAAGGAGAAGUUUUGAGCUGGCUGACUAGAUUGACUUGUAGUGGUAGAAAAGCAUUUAGCUUCCUUUACAACAGUGUUUGUCACAUUUGGGAACUUUAAGAUGUGUGGACUCCAUCUCUCAGAAUUCCUCAGUCAGCUGGCUAGGGAAUUCUGGAAAUUGAAGUCCACAUACCUUAAAGUUCCCAAACGUGAAGAAAAUACUGUUUUAGAGGAUCUGCUCAUAGAGAAAGAAAAUAUUUCUCUUUAUCCUGGCAUCAUUUUGCAUCUUGUUUUGGAAUUUGUGAAUUAUAAUCCAUCUUGCCCACUUGCAUAGGUGUGCAGGAAAUAAUUAAUCAGCACAUAGAAUACUGAUUUACUUCCUGCAACAGAUUUAGCACACUUUGAGCAGUAGUUACAAUGUUUGUGCAGGAUUUCAAAAUCAGUAAAGUCAACUGUGGAUCUUGAACCUUGCAACUUUUACUUUAAUUGGAGGAAAGUAUUGUUUUUAGUAUCGUGUGAGACGUGAAAUUUCUUCCCUGUUCACUUAUUACGCCAUGGAAUAGUUUUCAUACCUUUUCCCCUUAAUGUUUUUUCCUUAGCUGUAAAACUCCAGACAUAGUAUUUUUUUCUCUAUAGAGAAAGGAAAUCUUGUUCAGCUUUUUAUGUCAUUUUAGGCACUGGAAAGCAGAAACUGAGUAGGAACUGCAAAAAGGAGUUGCAAAUGCAGAUAUGUAAUUUUAGUUCUCACAAAAAGAACAUACCCAAGGAAUCCCUCUUAAGAUCCUAGUUGGGCAUAUCUUUUACUUUAAAAAAAAAUCUGCUAUGUAAAAAAUAUGCCUUCGAGAGCACUAAUAAUGUCUUCUAUAGCAGCUUAGUAUUGUUUUAUUUGAGGGCUUUUUAAUAAUAUAAUCCCAGUGAUUAUUGAGACAACCAGACCAUUGUGCCAGCAAGAGUAGACAUAUUGGAAAGAAAAAUAUCUGUGAGCCUUGAUUGACAGUACAACCUGCCUGCCUCUCAAAAUACAACUUGUCAUUAAUGACCACAAAAAUUAGGAAGGUCUAAUCAAAGGUGCUCUUGGUGCUACCAUCAGAAAUGUGACCUAUCUAACACAACACAGUAUUAAGCAUGAAUAUGUACAGUAACAGUGUGAGGCAUUUAAGUAGCAAAUUAUUUUACCAAAUGGAAAAGCCAGAUUGGUUGAGAGCUUUGAUUACUGCUCACAAUAUAAAUGCCCUUGGGGAAUCUCUUUUAUCUAGUAAAGCUUUUUUUUUCUUCAUAUUUUUAUAGUGGCCGAACCGAAGACUGGUUUGACAGCAAUUUAUUGACAAUAGUAUCCAGAAAAAGAAAAGAGAGAAAGAAAAGAGAGAGAAGAGAGAGAAAGCAGGUGUUUCUCAAUAGCCUCCUCAGUUCAGAUCUUGGGUCACUACCAGCAUAAUUACAGAAAUGAAGCAAUGUUCUACCCCGAUUUAUUUUAUAAAAUAAUAUUGCCUUUUCUUUUAUCAGAUUGUUUAUUAAUGGUACCAAGAAGAGGGUGGGGGAGGUUGUCUGGAGGAAAAUCAAGAUGGCAAAGAGCAGGCAACUGAGUAGAACAGGUCUUUUUCAUUACUGAUUAUUUUUUAUUUAGCUUUUGGACAAUCCCUGGACCAAAUCCAAGGUUAGCAUAUCCUUCCUGUCCUGUUCCCAUUGAGAAAUUUGUACUUUUGUACUUUGCUAACGAGUAAAUGUAACUGAGUUUUUUUGCAUAUGGAUGAUAUAUCGAUCUUCAGGUCGAAGUGUCAUAUUGCUUGAAACUCAGUAAUGCCUAAAAAAAAUAAUGCAUAUAAGGCAAAAUGACAUAGACUAUGUAAGAGUCUAUAUUGUAUAUGAUACAUUAUUAUUAUUACUUAAAUUAAGAGACAUCAGGAAUUUACCCAUAGGAGUUUGUGUGGAUAAAACAUAUGCUAUACUAAUGAGUUUUGAUGCCUCCCUUAUUGAUUUCAGUGGCAUAAAAGUUACUUCAAAAGAUGCCAGCAAUCUUGACUAUUUAAACUGCUCCUUCCUAAUGUAUCAUAUUAGCACUUGCAGUGUACAAAUUCUAAUUUUUCAGGUGUCCAUUGCAGUGUGUGAUAUUUCAAUUUUCUGUUUUUUUAUUUUUCUCAUUUCGUUUAGAUAGGUUUAAACAGCUAGAAUGAAAUAUUCAUUAAUUUAUCAAAAUGGGGAAUGUGGAAGGAAAUCAAAAUUUAAAAGUGAAGCAGAGGAUUAAUUAAAAUUUUAAAAAAUCUGUUGUACAGCAUUUUAGGAACUCUAAAUUGGGCUGCUGAAAAUUGUAAGAGAAUCAUGCUGAUUCUAAGCAGGAAUGAGAUGGAGAUUUAUAGAUUUAUAUUCUGCGUGCUAACAUGUGUUUAAAGUUACUAUGAACAGGUGAAACAAAGCUGGAAAAUAAUUACAUAUUUUUGAAUUGGGUGAUCAGCUUUUUAAAAAAAUGCUGACAUUCUAGGCACAGAUACUGCACAGCAGAUUUUGUUGUGAUAGUGUUGAGGCCCUAAUUUGCAAGUUUUCAUCCUCCUCCCAAAUUCCAUCUUAACACUAAUUAAAAAUAGGCUAUCAGCUUGUGUUUUUUCCUCUUGCUAUUCCAUUUUUUUAGCUUGGCUAAAAAAGGAUAUUACUCUAAUUAGACUUUGUGUUCAAUCUUCAUUGUGUUUAUUCCCAUUCCCAGAAUUUACACUGAACCAUCAGUGCAUUCCCUUGCUAUUGAGCACGCCCCCCCCCAACAAAAACCCUCUAAAAAAAAAACCCCAGCUGCUACUCCAAUAUCAGAUUCCCACUGCUGUCUUUGCCUUUUCCUGUAGUUGCUUGAGAGCAAGGAGAAAGGAAAACUUUGGGUGGUGGGCCUAAGCUACCUACCCCCUGGGUUUCAUGGCAAAUACAUUGGUGAUUGGAGAUUUUGGAGAGCUUAAUAAAAGAACACUAGCUGAAUUGUCGAAGAAAAAUGUCACUGUGAAAACAAGGAGAACAGUAUUGCUGUAGCAAAGAUGCCAAAACUAGGUGCAGAAAUGCUCUAAUUGCUCAAUAUAAUACUAGGGGAGAUUAUCUCACAUGAGGAAUCAUCAAACAGGACUAUUUUUUUUUACAACAUUGAGAAGCUUUCUUAUUUUUUUCUCACUGGCACAGCUGAAUGUCAGCUUCUACCAAGAUCUGAAUAAAAUUCUUAUGACCAGAUGGAACGGUUAUCACAUUAAAUUGGCUAAUAUACUUCUACCUUACCUUAAUAUUUAACAACAGCCCCUCCUCCAAUUAAUGGAAUCAUUUAGAGCAACUAAGCUGUCUGUUAAUAAGGAGAAAUAUGGUUCUGUAUUUACAGUUACAGUGAGCUAUUCUGAUUAGCUUUCAUUAAUAUGUAUCUUUAAACUGUGUCUCUUACGAUGUACUCUUCAAUUCAAAUACUAGUGAUAGAUUAUACUACCCUACAUUGCCACUUGUGUCUUUCUGUACUGAAGUUUCUAAUCCAAGUCAAGUAGAAUGUGGACGUGCUUUGCUGUAAUGAAAAUGAACAGCUGCAUAAUACAAAGGUGGAGACUGUGAACCAAAGGUGGAUCUGGAAUCUGUGUAGGAUAAGGAAAUCUUCACUCUAUGAUAUUAGACAUAAGCGAUGAUGACACCACCUGCCUUAUUGUGUUGUACCUAAAGUGCUGCUUUACCUGUGUUUUAUUCACAGUGCUGUUCAUCUCAUGUAUUUCUUCUCAAGAUCCUUAGUUAGAUAAUUAGUUUAGCCCUGGGUCUGAACUCCUGAGAAAACACAUUGUCUGUUCUAUUUUACAGGAAUAUAAAUGUUAGAUUUCAAAUCUGAAAUUAGAUAAAGCAUUGUAGAACAGUGCUUUAUCAGGAUUAUAGAAUAAUGUAUGUCAGCAACAGCUAACCACUC